AUGCAUCGCUGGGCUGUGACUGGUCCCUGGCCACUAGCCGAUAUUUACGGCCGCCAGGACGUGCCCCGCAGACUGCAGUCCCCUGACACGGCCCCCCUAGCGGCGCCGCUGCAGUGGGAAUCUGGAACACGACCACUCACGAACCAUUCCAUCCCCCAAGACGGACUAGAUCUCGUAGAGCUCAGGGGUGGCCCUGCCCCGGGUCGUGGUCUCCCUGCAGAUCCACCCUCCGCCCUGAAUCCAUUCUGUGAUCCCAACUCUCUCGCCUUGCAGACGACAUCCCGUGUAGACGUUGCCCAGACCAAGGGCCCCUCGACCCCAUCACACAUCAUUAUCUCCCAACAAGCGGUCUGCCGGUCCGAGUCUCUGGAAUCCGCUUCGAGCGGGUAA